AGGGGUGGGAUUCCGUUGCCCUCUAAUCUAGUUGAUCGGACGGUCAUAUUAGAAAUAUGUUUCCCAUUUUUAGGACGAGGCUUCAUCCCCGUUGUGAUACCACUCUACAAUUUAUUUCUUCAUGGCUUAUGAAGGUUUAGUAUUACAUUGUUUGUCAUGUGCAUGCGAAAGUUUGGUAAUUGGCCAAGUUUGUGAGAAAGGCUUCUUAUUUAUUAACAAAGCUUUCUCAAGUGUAAAGGCUAAAUGGAAAAACAGUGAACUAUUUGCUAUAAAGCCGGACUUCGUUAAUGCUGAGAGUUGAUUUGAGUAAAAUCAAUAAUACGUAAUAUGGCACUGAUGGGCGGUCCACAAAAGAGAAAGGAAAUAUACAAGUAUGAGGCACCAUGGCCUCUGUACAGUAUGAACUGGUCAGUGCGCCCUGACAAGAGAUUUCGACUGGCUCUUGGAAGUUUCGUCGAAGAAUACAACAAUAAAGUUCAAAUCGUAUCCCUGGAUGAAGAAACUGCCGAGUUCAGUGCAAAGAGCACUUUCGAUCAUCCUUAUCCCACCACAAAAAUUAUGUGGAUUCCAGAUAGUAAAGGAUCUUAUCCCGAUCUGCUGGCAACGUCUGGCGACUACCUAAGAAUUUGGCUCGCUGGGGAACCCGAAACAAGAUUAGAAUGCGUUUUGAAUAACAACAAGAACUCCGACUUUUGCGCUCCUCUCACAUCCUUCGACUGGAAUGAGAUAGAUCCCAAUAUAAUAGGAACAUCAAGCAUUGAUACCACAUGUACGAUUUGGUCAAUUGAAACUGGACAAGUGCUGGGACGAGUCACCGGAUGCGUAAAAACUCAACUAAUUGCUCACGAUAAGGAGGUCUAUGACAUUGCCUUUAGUCUUGCCGCCGGUGGUCGCGACAUGUUUGCUUCUGUAGGAGCGGAUGGAUCUGUUAGAGUUUUUGAUCUGCGACAUUUAGAACAUUCCACGAUUAUUUACGAAGAUCAACACCGCACUCCACUACUGAGGUUGGCUUGGAAUAAACAAGACAGCAAUUUCAUCGCUACGGUCGCUAUGGAUGCUUGUGAAGUUAUCAUCUUAGAUAUUCGCGUUCCUUGCACUCCAGUUGCUAGACUAAAUAAUCAUAGGGCAAGUGUGAACGGAAUAGCUUGGGCACCACACUCUUCUUGUCACAUAUGCACAGCUGGAGACGAUCAUCAAGCACUGAUCUGGGACAUCCAACAAAUGCCAAGAGCCAUUGAGGAUCCAAUAUUGGCUUACACCGCGGCAGAGGGAGAAGUAAAUCAGAUUCAAUGGGGAGCGACACAACCAGACUGGAUUGCUAUUUGUUACAAUAAAGCAGCUGAAAUUUUGCGGGUAUAAUUUCCCGGUAAUCCUCUUACACUGCAAUGCUUUUCCUCUGCUAUACAAAGUCGAGCGAUAGUGGUAAUUUCGUCAAAAAGAUUGCAGUUGUAGAUGAGUAGUCUGACUUAUAUAAACAAUGAUUCAAACAGCAGAUUUUACAUUCUUGUAUGCUUUUUUGUACGUGAUAUUAGUCCAAGUAGGGACAAAUUAAUUGUACAUGUCGUUUUUAACUGUAACCGAAGUUCGCGCAUUUAUUUAAUUAUAAUUCGAACUUGAACUUUAAGAUCGCCAAUUGAAAAUAAUAGGUGUAUGUAAGUUGAAAUACUUGUGCAAGAAGUGUCUGUCUUGAUGGAUUUUUGAUCUUCCAUAAUAUUAUGUAAGGUACGUACUUUAAUUUAAAACAGGCGUAAUCUUUUACACUGUGGAAUUUUCUUUAGUUAGUGAGAACUUGUAUUUCUACAGUCAAGUUUAGCCAAACAUGUGUAGUCUACAACAGCAGUGGCACAAGUCAACAAAUUGGUGUGCAUAUAAUAUAUAUCUCUGUUUGGACGAGAUUACCCGCGUGGGCAGGCAGCAGCAGUUGUACCUCGAUCAUGCGACUGCAUCACCAUGCGGUGUCGCUGUUCGCCUAAACACGUUUUGCCACUAUCAAACGUGUAUUGCCUCUGCUUUAGUAGCGCUGGAGCAAUCGCUUAAAAAAAAUGUGGUUCUGUGUGUUAAACCCAACGAUAGAAUGACGUAAAUUUAUUAUUUAUUUCGAAAAUGUGCAUAUAUUAUUUCUAAAAUUCACCUGACAUUCUAUUCGAGUAAUGUUACAAUU